AUGAAUGAAUAUAAUUAUCCUCAAACUGAAAAAGAAGUCUUGUCUAUUAUUUAUGCCGUAACUUACUUUAAUCAAUAUCUUUUCGGUCAGCAUUUCGAGAUACAUACAACACAUUCACCGCUAUUAGAACUACUGGCCGAGUCAAAAAGCAUACCACAAAUAAUAUCCGCUAGAAUUCAACGCUGGGCAUUACUACUUUCUACAUACAACUACACGCUGCGUUACAUUGAAAUGAAGAACAAUUUAACUGCACAUGCUUUAAGUCGAUUACCAACUCAAGAUAAUAGUCAAAAAGGGCAAGAACCAUCAGAAAUUUUAUCUUUUAUCAGUUGGAUAAAUUCCUUUGAAAUAAUUGUUGGAAAAAUUCGUAAACACGUUGAUUUAGACAAUAUACUAUCACAAAUCAAAAUUUACGUCAUGACAGGUUGGCCAAAAUAUGUUGAUGAGAAAUACAAGCCUUAUCAACAACGAAAGCACGAAAUCACCUUAAAAAAUGGUUGUUUAUUAUAUGGUACACGAAUUAUUAUUCCAACUAACUGCCGUGAAGCCAUUUUAGGUAAACUGCAUACAUCACAUACUACAAAUAAAGAUAUGAAAGAAUCAGCAAUGAACUAUGUUUGGUGGCCUGAAAUAAAUGACGAUAUUGAUAGAACUGUUCAGCAAUGUGAUGUUUGUCAGCUGAAUAAAUCGUCUACUGCUGUUGUUAAUAAAUCACUGCUCCAACCGAUAAAGGCCUCAAAUAAAACUUUACAACGAGAUUUAUGGACAAAGCUGCAUAUAGGCUAUUUUGGACCUGUUCAUGGUUAUAUGUUGUUUAUGGUCAUAGAUACCUGUACCAAGUGGAUUGAAAUAAAAACUGUUAGAAAAGCGACAAAUGAGAAUACCAUUAAGUCACUGUGUUCUAUAUUCGCAAGUCAUGGUAUACCUCAAUACUUAUUGUCCGACAACAGUCAAGUAUUUACUUGUAAAGAAUUUCAAAAGUAUUUACAUCAAAAUAAUAUAACUCAUGUCAUCACUGACAUACACGAUCCAUCUACUAAUGAACUAACUAAUAUUGCAGUAGAAAUUGUAAAACGUGGAUUUCAAAAACAAAACGUGAGAGAUUUUCAUAAACAGUUAGAAAAUUUUGUAUUUUUACAUCGCAUUACACCACAAAACGGAGAGAAAUUGUCUCCAGCUGAAUUAUUGAUGGGAAGAAGACUUCGCUUGCCUACAGAUUUUUUAAAUACAGAUUCAGAUGAUAUUGGUACAAAGACAAUAAAGUAG